AUGUCCCAGAAGCCUCUGUUCCUCCUAUUCAGUGUCAGACAAGUCUCCCCCAACGUCACCCUAAGAUGCUGGGCCCUGGGCUUCUACCCUGCCUUCAUCACCCUGAGCUGGCAGAGGGAGGAGGAGGAACAGACUCAGGAUAUGGAGCUGGUGGAGACCAGACCUUCUGGGGAUGGAACCUUCCAGAAGUGGGCAUCUCUGGUGGUGCCUUCUGGGGAGGAGCACAAAUACACAUGCCAUGUGCACCAUGAGGGGCUGCCUGAGCCCCUCACCCUGAGAUGGGAGCCUCCUCAGUCCACGGUCCCCAUCAUGGCAGUCAUUGCUGGUCUGGUUCUUCUUGGAGCUGUGAUCAUUGGAGCUGUGGUGGCUUUUGUGAGGAAGAGGAGGAGAAACACAGGUGGCAAUGGAGGGAACUAUGCUCCAGCUUCAGACAGGGACAGUGCCCAGAGCUCUGACGUGUCCCUCCAAGACUGUUAAGCGUGAAGACACAAUGACAGAUGUGUUCAGGUCUCUCCUGUGGUGUUCCGUUCUCAUUCAGUAACAUUGUCUGAAUUUCCACGGGAUCCAAUAGAAUCAUUGUGAAGAAAGGUGGAACCCAGCUCACCCUGCACACCAGGAGAUUGUCUCUGUCCUGUCUGGGUUUCCUUCAACCUCCCUGGUCCAGCGCAGGCAAAAGGGAACAUCUCCAUCCUGCCACCUGCAUGCUGCCCUGAGCUGCAGGCCCUGACUUCCCCCUACUGAAAUAAGGAUCUGAAUGUGAACUUGAUUGUUCCCAUCCUUGAUCUGAUAGGUGGAUUGGUGUGUAAACUGAGGGACUGUGAUACUUGGAGUUCAUGGAGGAAAUAAAUGGCAGCAUGGAGACCCUC